AUGGACGUGGACGAUACCCCGGGCUCCCCGGACCCGUCCAUCGCCGCGGCAGCUGGUGAUGGAACUACGAACGAGACGAGCCUCAUUGACCUCGUCGAUACCUCCGUCUUCAUCGACUACCUGAAACAGUUGUGUCUGGUCACGUUGGGUGCGACCGAGUUCGAUUUAGAGACCACUUUGCUGAGGAAUACGGAUACGGAGACGCGGUGUGCGAGGUUUAUCGGGGAUACGAGUGGUGGGAAUGUAGCGUUGUAUGUCGCUAAGGAGGCAGUCGAGGGAGAUGAUACCAAGUUUACGUAUGCGCUCUCCACCGACUUGUCAAGCACACCCGCGACAGUUGCCUCACUCGCCCUAAUCAAACGCGCAGCCGCCGUGCUUGACGCUUCCCAGCCCUUACAGUCACAGCUCCAAAUCGUCAACCUCCCCGGUCUCCGCUCCCCCUCCUCCUCCACCUCCGGCACCGGACCCACAACCGCCACCUCACCCUACGAAACCCUCCACAGCCUCAUCCACCUCGCCAUUGCCCCCUACUUUGACGCCUACGCCAAGGAAGGAGGAACCGAGAAACCUUCUGUUGAAGCUACAGCUGCGCCGGGGACGUCAGGAAUCCCACAAACCAAAAAGAAGAUUGCGGAGUUGGAACUCUCGCUCCUCCACUUGCAGCAAAACGUCCAAAUCCCGGAAAUCCAACUCGCGAUUCACCCUACCAUCGUUGCCGCCACCGCCGCUGCAAAGAAUAAAGGUGUUGGGAGUGGCACGAAAGCUUCGGUGGGGGAUUUGGAUCCGGUGUUGGUGCAGGAUCCGACGUUUUUGAAUGGAUUGCAGGGGAGUGUGGGGGGUUGGAUCAAAUCCAUCCAAACAAUCACCAAACUCGCACACAACCCCACACCCCUCACAUCCCCCACCACAACCCGUCCUGCCUCCUCCGAAGUAUCGUUUUGGUUAUCCCUCGAAACCGCACUCACCAACAUCGACGCCCAACUCCGCUCGGAGGGGGUGAGCCUCACGUUGGAGGUUCUUAGGGCUGCGAAACGGUUUCAUACGACUGUAAGUUUCAUUGCGGAUACGGGGCUUAAGGAGGCUGGGGAGGUUGUUGCGAGGUACAAUUUACUCAUGCGCGAGUUUCCGCUCGACGAGUUAUUGUCCGCUACAUCUCUCGAGCGGGUCGGGGAGGCAGUUAUCGCGGUCUUCGGGCAUUUGUGUAGGAAGCUACGUGUUAGCCCCUACCCCAUUCGCCGGGCGCUUCCGCUGGUGCAGGCUAUUUCGGCGGAUUUCGAUGAGCGGAUCGUGGGGUUGUUGAGAGCGAAACGGGUGAUGCACUUAUCGCACCCCGUAUUCGAGACCCUAGCCACGCAAUGGUCGAGUGUGUUUAGGAUCUGGGAUGAGCAGUAUAAAGAAUUCACCAACGUCGCGCGCGAGGUCUCGCGGAAACGCAGUGAGAAGUUUAUUCCGAUUAAGAUUGGGGCGAGGCAUGUCAAGACGCAGGAAAGACUCGAGUAUGUACGCGCGUUUCGGAAGGGGCAUGAACAGUUAAGGGAGACGAUCGGGAGGGUUAUUGCGGGUGCUGCUGGUGUUGGUGUUGGGGAGGAGGGGGAUGUGGAGAGUGAGGUCGUGCAUGCGUAUGAGGCGCUUAGGGAUGUUGACGUGCUUGACGUGAGUCCGGAGGGAACGGAAGUGUGGUUCGCGGCUGAGACGACAUACACCUCCCGGAUUUCGCAUGUCGAGAAUAGCAUUAUCCUCCGUCUUCGGGAUCGACUCGGAACCGCACGGACCGCGAGCGAGAUGUUUCGCGUGUUUUCGACGUUUAACGCGCUUUUUGUGAGGCCGAAGAUUCGGGGCGCGAUUGGGGAGUAUCAGGCGCAGUUGAUUGAGAACGUGAAGCGUGAUAUCCAGAAAUUGCAUGAUAAAUUCAGGAUGGGGUAUGGAGGCUCAGAUGAACGCGCAAUGGCUCAGCUUAGGGAUUUACCACCUAUUUCGGGAGCGAUCGUGUGGGCGAGACAGAUUGAGAGGCAGUUGAUGGCGUACAUGGGGAGAGUUGAGGAUGUACUUGGAAAAGGGUGGGAAUUGUAUGCGGAGGGACAAAAGCUCAAAGAGGAGAGUGAUACCUUUCGCAAGAAGUUGGAGACGAGGGGGGUUUAUGAACAAUGGCUCGCGGAGGUACAAGGCAAGAACCUCGCGCUCCGUGGACGACUUUUCGAGAUCGUACGGAAUCGCGCGGCGGGGGGGACGUUGGAGCUCGUUGUUCAUUUCGAUCCGCAGGUGAUUGCGUUGUUUAAGGAGGUACGGAAUCUGGUGUGGUUGGGCUUUGCGGUACCGCAUGCGAUUAGCCAUGUUUCGAAGGAUGCGAAGAGGGUUUACCCGUUUGCUGUGAGUCUUAUGGAGGGGGUUAGGACGUAUGGGCAGUCCACGCAAAUUAUUGGGGAGAUGGGGGAGGUGAGGAUGUUGUUGAAUGGAUACCAGGCUGAUGUGCAAAAGUUGAUUAAGGCUGGGUUGUGGAUGAGGUGGGAGAGCUUUGUGCAGGCUUUCGAUGCGCAUUUGAGGCCGAUAUUGGGGGGUGGGGUCGAGGGGGGUGUGACUAGUACGAGGGAGAAUAAGCAUAUCCAGUUCGUGCAGGAUUUUGGUUCUGCCGUGUUGUUGCUGCAAACCAAGACGGAUAUGCUGGUUCGUGCGCAUGUUGUUGUGGUGAAGGCGGUGAACGAGUUGCGAACAUGCAAGUACGAUGCCGAAACCUUCCAGGGUUGCUUUAAGCGCGUUCAGGGAGCGAUUGAUCAGCUUAAUUUGGAGAAUUAUGUUAAUCUUGAGCAGUGGGUUGAGAAGCUCAAUGAGGAGAUUGAGACGGUCUUGGCGGAGAGGUUGAGGGAUGCGUUGGCCGUUUGGACAAAGACUUUUGUUGAUGGUGUGGCCGAGGAGGAUGGGACGGCGCCGGUUAUGCAAAAGUUGGUCCAUGAGGUUACAAUCCGCAAUCAGGUCAUUUACCUUGAUCCGCCGGUCGAGUACGCUCGCGCCAGCUGGUUCGCUCAGUUGCAUAACUGGCUAGGCGUCGUGUGUAAGGUUGAGAAGAUCCAGGCGUCGAGGUACGAGAUGACUGCUGCCGUCAGCCAGCAUAAGAUCCCCGUGGUGUACGCCAAUCUUCCGCUCAAGGUUGCCGAGACGCAUCUCUCUGAGGCCUACAAAGCGAUCGAGAAGAAACUCGGUGAGGUUUCGGCUUAUGUUGACAAGUGGCUCCAGUUCCAGUCUUUGUGGGAUCUGCAAUCUGAGCACGUUUACGCCGUUCUCGGCGAUGAUCUCGGGAAGUGGCUUCAAAUUCUUGGGGAAAUCCGUAAAUCGCGGGCUACCUUCGAUACUUCUGAUGUUUACCGUAGCUUUGGGCACAUUACUGUUGAUUACGAGCAGGUUCAGGGUAAAGUGAACGCGAAGUAUGAUGCUUGGCAGCGUGACAUUAUCCAGAAAUUCGCUGCCAAAUUGGGUAACCGUAUGCGUGAUUUCUUGGUUGAGAUCUCUCAGUCUCGCAAUGAUCUUGAGCAGCAGUCACUUGAUUCUUCGUCUACUGCUCAAGCUGUGUCCUUCAUCACUGUGGUGCAGAAAUGCACGAGGAAGGUCAUUGUUUGGGCACCUGAAGUCGAGAUGUUCCAGAAGGGUCAAACGACUUUGUCGCGUCAGCGCUUCCAGUUCCCUAAUGAUUGGUUGUACGUUGAUCAGAUUGAGGGUGAAUGGUCUGCUUUGAAUGAAAUUUUGCGUCGCAAGACCAAGUUGGUGACUGACCAGUUGGGAGCUCUUCAGGCCAAAGUCGUAGCUGAACACAAGGUCGUUGCUCAGAAGAUCUCGGAGACCGUUGCCGACUGGGAGGCUCGUAAGCCUGUCUCUGGUAGUAUUAAUCCUGUGGAGGCUACCCAGAUCCUGGCUUUCUUCAGCAUGAAGCUGGGACAGUUGAAGCAGGACUACGACAUGGUCGCCCGUGCCAAGGAGGCAUUGAACCUUGACCUUUCUGGAAGCAACCCCGUCGAUUCGAUCUUGGAGGAAGUGCAAGACUUCAAGUCUGUCUGGGCGGCAUUGUCUACUAUCUGGAGUUCUCUCCAGGACCUCAAGGAUACCCAGUGGUCCGCAGUUGUUCCUCGGAAGGUGCGCCAGACUUUGGACAACCUCCUCAACAUGACGAAGGAGAUGCCCAGUCGCAUGCGUCAGUACGCCGCAUUUGAGUAUGUGCAGGAUGUCUUGCGUAAGCUUAUCAAAAUCAACCCGCUCCUCACUGAUCUGAGUUCGGAAGCCAUGCGUGAGCGUCACUGGCAAUCAUUGUUAAAGGGGCUUCGUGCAUCUGGUCGUAUUCAUCUGCAGAGUAUGACUUUGGGCACUGUCUGGGAUUUGGAUUUGACUACAAAUGAGAAGGUUGUCCGGGACGUUCUUUUGCAGGCUCAAGGCGAGAUGGCUCUCGAAGAGUUCCUCAACCAGGUCCGUGAAACCUGGUCUGGCUACCCACUUGAGCUUGUCAACUAUCAGAACAAGUGCCGUCUUAUCAAGGGCUGGGAUGACCUCUUCGCAAAGUGCAGCGAGAACUUGAACUCGCUGACAGCGAUGAGGCACUCGUCUUACUACCGCGUCUUCGAAGAGGAGGCGGCCGCCUGGGAAGAUAAGCUCAACCGUGUUCAUGUCUUGUUUGAUGUCUGGAUCGACGUCCAGCGUCAGUGGGUCUAUCUGGAAGGUAUCUUCACUGGCAAUGCCGACAUCAAGAACCUCUUACCUAUGGAAUCAUCGCGUUUCCAGAACAUUAACGCUGAGUUCAUGUCGCUUAUGAAGAAGGUCUACAAAUCCCCCUUCGUCAUGGAUGUUCUGAAUAUUCCCGGUGUUCAAAAGUCCUUGGAACGCCUUGCCGAUCUUCUCAGUAAGAUCCAGAAGGCCCUCGGAGAGUAUCUGGAGCGUGAGCGUUCCGCUUUCCCUCGGUUCUACUUCCUUGGAGAUGAGGAUCUGUUGGAAAUCAUCGGUAACAGCAGAGACGCUACUCGCAUCCAGAAACACUUCAAGAAGAUGUUUGCAGGAAUCAACGGACUUAUUUUCAAUGAUGACACCACUCUCAUUCAGGGGUUCACCUCCAGUGAAGGUGAAGAAGUUAGACUUGCAGAAGAGAUCUCUCUCGUCAAGCUCGCCAAGAUCAACGAAUGGCUGAGUGCGCUGGAAAGAAACAUGAAACUCACCCUGGCUGGCUUGCUUGGGAGCGCUGUCAACGGAUACCAAGAGAGGUUCAUGUCGAAUGAUUUAUCGGAAGAGAACAUGCUGAGCUGGCUCGCCCAAUACCCUGCGCAGCUCUCAACCCUCGCUGCUCAGGUAACUUGGACUUCUGCAGUCGAAGAAACACUUGCACGCACUGAACGCGGCGAUGAUUCAUCGCCACUUGAGGAUGUCGUUGGUCAAGUUGAACGUGUUCUUGGUCUAUUGGCGUCGGCAGUGCUGAAAGACCUUGACCUUAUCACCAGGAAGAAGUGCGAGCACUUGAUCACGGAACUUGUGCACCAGCGCGAUGUGGUUGCAAAACUGGAUGCGAAUUCGGUCACAACACCCACCGACUUCCGCUGGCUCUAUCAGAUGAGGUUCCACUACAAAACCGAAGGUGAUAUCCUUCAGCGCCUCAAGGUCAAAAUGGCUAAUGCUGUUUUUGAAUACGGAUACGAGUAUCUGGGCGUCGGCGAUCGCCUCGUGCAAACCCCUUUGACUGAUCGUUGUUACCUCACCCUCACGCAGGCCCUCAGCCAGAGGCUUGGUGGAUCGCCUUAUGGCCCUGCUGGUACUGGAAAGACAGAAUCGGUCAAGGCACUCGGUACGCAACUCGGUAGGUUCGUUCUUGUGUUCAACUGUGAUGAUACCUUUGACUUCCAGGCUAUGGGAAGAAUCUUCCUCGGUCUUUGUCAGGUUGGUGCAUGGGGAUGUUUUGACGAGUUCAACCGACUUGAAGAGCGCAUUCUCAGUGCUGUUUCUCAGCAGAUUCAGAGCAUUCAGCUUGGCCUCAAAGCUUUGGAAGAGACGAGCCAGACGACCAUCGAGUUAAUCGGCAAGACGUGCAAGAUUCACGAAGACACUGGUAUCUUCAUCACGAUGAAUCCUGGUUAUGCAGGUCGAUCAAACCUGCCCGACAAUUUGAAGAAGCUGUUCCGAAGUAUUGCUAUGACGAAGCCAGAUAAAGAGCUUAUCGCUCAGGUUAUGCUCUACUCGCAAGGCUUUGCCGAAGCGAAACAGCUGGCAACGCAAAUUGUGCCUUUCUUCGAGCUUUGUGACGCGAAACUUUCCGCACAGUCGCACUACGACUUUGGUCUCCGUGCUCUGAAGAGUGUCCUUGUCACGUCCGGAAACCUGAAGCGGACACGUAUUCAGAGCGGACAGGAUAUCGGCUCAAAUGCAUGGGAAGCCGAAGUUGUCUUGCAGAGUUUGCGGGAAACAAUUGCACCCAAACUUGUGGGCCGCGACAAUGCCAUCCUGACCGAUAUCGAAGCCGAUGCUUUCCCUGGCGUUCGAUAUGUCCCGGCGGACCUUGGCAAGCUCGAGGCUGAAAUCAGGGCGGUCGCAGCUGAAAAACAUCUGAUUACGGAUGAACUUUGGUUGCAAAAGACCUUGCAGCUUUACCAGAUCCAAUCUAUUCACCAUGGUCUCAUGCUGGUCGGCCAAUCUGGGAGCGGCAAGAGUCGUUCCUGGAGGGUCCUUCUGGAAGCUCUUCAGCGUCUGGAAGGUGUAGAAGGCGUCAGCCAUGUCAUUGAUGCCAAAGUCAUGUCCAAGGAGGCGCUUUAUGGUAAUCUUGAUUCGACAACACGCGAAUGGACGGAUGGUCUCUUUACAGGCGUCCUCCGCAAGAUUGUCGACAACCUCCGCGGUGAGGAUACCAAGCGUCACUGGAUCGUUUUCGACGGCGACGUCGACCCUGAGUGGGUGGAAAACCUCAACAGUGUACUCGACGACAAUAGGCUUUUGACGCUUCCCAAUGGAGAGCGACUGAACCUGCCAGGGAAUGUCAGGAUCAUUUUUGAAGUGGAAACACUGAAAUAUGCUACCUUGGCGACGGUGAGUCGUUGUGGUAUGGUCUGGUUCAGCGAAGAUGUGGUGAGACCAGACAUGAUGAUUCAAAACUACCUUCAGUCACUGCAGACGACGGUCUUUGACGACUUGGACGAGGACUCGCCUAUGGCUUCUGGUGCAUCCGAUUCUUUUGCGGUUCAGAAGUUUGCUUCCAUCACGUUCACCCCACUCAUGGAAGGAAUUGCUCUUAAAGCUCUUGAACAUGCGAGAAGCCUCGCCCAUAUCAUGGACUUCACCACCGCACGAGCUUUGAGCACGCUAUUUUCCCUCAUGAACAAAGCAUGUCGAGACGUUCUUGUUUAUAAUGCUCAACAUCCGGAUUUUCCCCUUGAAGAAGAACCAAUGGAGCGCUUCCUGUCCAAGAAGCUAAUGCUGAACUUAGUCUGGAGUUUCUCAGGUGAUUGCAAACUUGAUGUUCGACAAGAGUUUGGUGCCAAGCUCGCUGAAUGGACGACCGUCGAGUUUCCGCCACUGGAACCAGGCGGUAGUCUCAUCGACUGGGACGUGAGCUUGCCGACUGCUGAGUGGGUCGCGUGGCAACAGCGCGUACCAACCACUGAAAUCGCUACUCAUUCCGUCACUCAAGCAGAUGUUGUCGUACCCACCGUGGACACAGUUCGACAUGAAGAUAUCUUAUACUCGUGGCUUGCCGAGCAUAAGCCUCUUAUGCUAUGCGGGCCGCCUGGCUCGGGUAAGACGAUGACUCUGUUUGGGGCAUUGCGCAAACUUCCCAAUUUGGAGGUUGCUGGCCUGAACUUUUCAAGUGCGACAACGCCCGACCUUGUCGUCAAGGUGCUCGAGCAGUACUGCGAGUAUCGGAAGACCCUCAACGGUACCAUUAUGGCGCCGACGCAAGUAGGUCGCUGGUUGGUCAUUUUCUGCGAUGAAAUCAAUUUGCCUGCGCCCGACAAAUAUGGUACUCAACGUGUGAUCUCUUUCUUGCGUCAACUGGUGGAGCACAAUGGAUUCUGGCGAACUUCCGAUAAAACAUGGGUUACACUGGAACGCGUACAAUUCGUCGGUGCCUGUAACCCUCCUACCGACGUCGGUCGCACACCUUUGACAGCCCGUUUCUUGAGGCAUGCUCCGCUCAUCAUGGUCGACUACCCUGGCAGAGCAUCUAUGAUGCAGAUCUAUGGAACUUUCAACAGAGCAGUUCUGAAAUGCGUACCUAGCCUCCGUGGCUACGCUGAUGCGUUGACUUCGGCCAUGGUUGAUCUGUAUGUUCAGUCUCAAGAUAAGUUCACCGCUGAUGUUCAAGCCCAUUACAUCUACAGUCCACGUGAGCUUACGCGCUGGGUGCGUGCAAUCUUUGAAGCUCUGAGACCCCUGGAGUCACUCGAUGUUGAAGGCCUUGUGCGCAUCUGGGCUCACGAAGCCUUGCGUCUUUUCUCUGACAGGUUGGUGCUUGAGAAAGAGCGAACAUGGACUGAGAUUACUGUCCGUGAAAUUGCUCUACAGAACUUCCCUGGCAUCAACGAGGUAGCGGCCUUGAAAGGUCCAAUCCUCUACUCUAACUGGUUGUCACGGAAUUACGUUCCUGUUGCUAGAGAGGAGUUGCGUGAAUUUACCAAGGCUCGCUUGCGUACCUUCUGCGAAGAGGAGGUGGAUGUUCCGCUCGUUUUGUUCAAUGACGUGCUGGACCACGUCUUAAGGAUUGAUCGAGUAUUCCGCCAACCUCAAGGUCAUAUGAUCUUGAUUGGUGUGAGUGGUAGUGGAAAGACCACGUUGGCUCGCUUUGUUGCAUGGAUGAAUGGUCUCAAGGUUUUCCAGAUCAAGGUACACGGCAGGUACUCUUCGGAGGAUUUCGAUGAGGAUCUUCGUGAUGUGCUGCGUCGCGCCGGUUGCAAGGGCGAAAAGGUCUGCUUCAUCAUGGAUGAGUCCAACGUUCUCGAUUCGGGUUUCUUGGAACGCAUGAAUACCCUUCUUGCCAAUGCGGAAGUUCCAGGUUUGUUUGAAGGCGAUGACUAUGCUGCGCUUAUGACAAAUUGUAGGGAGGGCGCCCAGCGUGAGGGGUUGCUCCUUGAUUCACCCGAGGAGCUCUACAAAUGGUUCACCCAGCAAAUCGUGAAGAAUCUCCACGUAGUCUUUACGAUGAAUCCUCCCGAAGGAGGUCUUUCCUCGAAAGCCGCCACUUCACCGGCGCUCUUUAACCGCUGUGUGCUCAACUGGAUGGGCGAUUGGUCCGACCAGGCAUUCUAUCAGGUUGCGCUCGAGUCCACCCAAGGCUUGGACCUGGACGAUACGAGCUAUGUGUCCCCACAAGAGAUGCAGAUUGCGUAUCGCGGACUGUCUGUGACACCGACUCAUCGCGAAGCAAUUAUCAAUGCUAUGGUCUACAUCCAUAUGUCUGUGCAUGAGGUUAACAGAAAGCUCGCGGCAUCUCAGUCCAAGACAAUUCAUCUGACACCGAGGCACUACCUGGACUUUGUCAACCAAUUCGUCAGGUUAUUCAACGAGAAGAGAGCUGAGCUUGAGGAAGAACAGCGUCAUUUGAAUGUUGGUCUGGACAAGUUACAAGACACCUUCACUAAAGUUGAGGAGCUUCGCGGAAGUCUGGCGGAAAAGAGGGUGCGUCUGGAGCAGAUGAAUGCCCAGGCCAACGAGAAGCUUCAAAGCAUGGUUGCUGAUCAGCAGGAAGCGGAGCAGAAACGAGCCGCUUCUUUGGUGAUCCAACAGGCUUUGGCCGUGCAGGAGAAGGAGAUUGACGAACGUCGUGAGAUUGUCAUUAGGGAUCUCGAGCGUGCCGAACCCGCUGUGUUGGAAGCGCAAAGGAGUGUUCAGAACAUCAAGAAGCAACACUUGACCGAAGUCCGUUCGAUGGCAAACCCACCAGAAGCUGUCAAGACCGCCAUGGAGUCUGUAUGCGUUUUGUUGAGCAAUAAGGUGGAUACGUGGAGGUCUGUUCAGAGCGUUAUUAGACGUGAUGACUUCAUCCCAAGUAUCGUCAACUUCGAUAACGCGGAAUCGAUGACGCCGCAGUUGCGGGCUAAGAUGGAGAGGGAAUUUCUUUCUCGACCCGGUUACGAUUUCGAGUCUGUCAACCGUGCUUCAAAGGCAUGUGGACCCUUGGUUCAGUGGGUGAUCGCUCAGUGCGAUUACUCGAUUAUCCUGGAGAAGGUCGGUCCCUUGCGUGAAGAAGUCGAUCAGCUUGAAUAUGAGGCAGAAUCUACGAAGGCUAAGGCGGAGACCAUCAUCGAAAUGAUCGACGAGUUGGAAGCCAGUAUCGCUCAGUAUAAGGAGGAGUAUGCUGCAUUGAUCAGUGAAACCCAGCUGAUCAAGCAGGAGAUGCAAACGGUCGAGUCUAAGGUUAACCGCAGUGCCACUCUCUUGGAGAGCCUUUCGUCAGAGAAGGAACGUUGGGAGUCCGGAAGCCAUGGUUUCAAGGACCAGAUGUCUACGUUGAUCGGUGACGUCUUGCUUGCCGCAGCCUUCCUCGCCUACGGUGGGUUCUAUGACGAGCAAUACCGAAGGAAUCUCUAUGACAACUGGGGGGAUCAUCUCCUCCAGGCGAAUAUCAAGUUCAAGGAGCACAACCCCAUCACCAACUACCUCUGCACUGCAGACGAGCGUCUUGAGUGGCAGGGUCAAGGCUUGUCCAAUGACGACCUCAGCGUGGAGAAUGCCAUCAUCCUCAAGAGGUUCAACAGAUAUCCUCUAAUCAUCGACCCCACCGGUCGCGUGACAGACUUCCUCAACAAUCAGUUCAUCACUCGCAAGCUCACGGUCACGAGUUUCCUCGAUGCUGCGUUUGUCAAACAUUUGGAGUCCGCCCUUCGUUUCGGGAACCCCAUCCUUAUUCAAGAUGCCGAGCACGUGGAUCCUAUCCUCAACCACGUUUUGAACAAGGAGUACCAGAAGGCUGGUGGUCGUGUCUUGAUCCAACUCGGGAAGCAAGACAUCGACUUUUCACCUUCAUUCAAGGUGUUCCUGUCUACGCGUGACCCGUCUGCUCAUUUUGCUCCUGAUGUCUGCAGUCGCGUUACCUUCGUCAACUUUACCGUCACGCGAAGCAGUCUGCAGACGCAGUGUCUUAACAAAGUCCUUCAAGUCGAGCGGCCCGAUAUCGAGAAGCGUCGUACUGACCUUCUUAAGCUGAAGGGCGAGUUUGCUGUUAACUUGCGCUCGCUCGAGAAGCGUCUUCUUCAAGCUCUGAACGACUCGCGUGGUAAUAUCUUGGAUGACGACAAGGUCAUUGAGACGCUCCAAACUUUGAAGUCCGAAGCUGCAGUCAUCGCUGCCAAGGUCGCGGAAACAGACGGUGUGAUGGCGGAAGUUGAAGAGAUUGCCGCGGUGUACGAACCUCUUGCUCGUACGUGCAGUAUGAUCUUUGCCGUCUUGGAACAACUUGGUCAUGUGAAUCGCUUCUACCAGUUCUCUUUGAAAUUCUUCCAGGAGGUGUUUGGGUAUGUGUUGAGCAACACUGACCGAAUUAAGGGUAUUACGGACCCACGUCAACGGGUUGAGCAUUUGCAGCGUGAAGUGUACUUGAGCACGUUUGCGAGAACUUCUCAGGGUUUACUUCAUCAGGAUCAUGCCGCAUUAGCACUACUCCUUGCACAGCUCAGCUCUUCAGGCUUCAGAGCUGACGCUAUUGAUUGGGUUCUGAAUCCUGCCCUGUCUGGUGCCGGAGCCGACAACGCGGUCGAGGAUAGUUUGGGCAAGGCGGCUUCUCUCCCUCUUUUCCGUCAGAUCAAGGAGCUUAUUGCCGAGCACAAGGAUGAAUGGCAAGCAUUUCUGACCCACGAACAAGGCGAGAAGGAAGUUCCUAAAGUCUGGUCUGAAUCCCAAGGAGAGUCCGACGACCUCCUCCACAAACUCCUCCUCGUCAGAAUCUUCCGCCCGGACCGUGUCGUUCCUGCAACCGAGCAAUUCGUCAACGCAGUCUUCAAUACCGAACUUGCCAAUUACACCCAAUACGACCUUAAAAACAUCGUCUCAAAGGAGGUGGAUGCGAGUAUCCCCAUCGCAUUAUGUUCCAUCCCCGGCUACGAUGCUUCUUCCAAAGUCGAAGCCGUGAUCUCCCAAGUUAACGCCCGAUGCACAUCCGUCGCUCUCGGUUCCGCUGAGGGUCUCACUUCUGCUGAUACGGCAAUCACUUCAGCUGCGCAGACUGGAACAUGGGUACUCCUCAAGAAUGUCCACAUGGCGCCUCAAUGGCUCGGGCAAUUGGAGAAACGGUUGUUGGGUUUGAAGGCACAUCCAAACUUCAGGCUGUUUAUGACGAUGGAGACGAGUCCCAAGGUCCCGACAAGCAUAUUGCGUUUGGCACGGGUUCUGAUGUUCGAACCCCCACCUGGGAUGAAAGCCAACAUCCGAGAAUCACUCGCCACCAUCACCCCCGACUCUAGCCUCCCCGCCGAACGCGCACGUUUAGCCUUCGUCCUCUCCUGGCUCCACGCAACGAUCACCGAACGCCUCCGCUACACACCCCUUGGCUGGACCAAAGCCUAUGAGUUCAAUGAUGCGGAUUUGAAGUGCGCGGUACAUGUCGUGGAUACGUGGAUCCGAUUGGCGGCGGGUGGGAGGAGCAAUAUCGCGCCAGAUAGGAUUCCGUGGAGGGCGAUUGUGACGUUGGUUGUUGAAACGAUUUAUGGUGGAAAGAUCGACGAAGUUGUUGACGAGGUGCGGUUGCAGGAACUCGUUGGGCGGUUGUUCACACCUAAGGUCUACGACCUUGACUUCCCGCUUGUAGGCGGGGACGUGUCGGUGACCAUCCCGGAUGCGAACAGACUUGAACAGUUCCAGGCCUGGGUUGAGAAAUUACCGGAACGCGAACCACCAACGUGGUUUGGAUUGCCGGAGGAUGCGGAAAAGGUGCUGUUGAGGGAGCAGGGGGUCCGGAUGGUUGAGAGUGUUAGGAACGUUGGGAGGUUGAUGGAUGAGAAUAUGGGAUAA